ACCUCCCAGAAGGCUUCGCGGCCCGAUUCAACUUCCGGCCAGAACGCAGUCUGAGUUUCCUGUGUGAGGGAGGGGCGCGGGCCAGGUGCGCGCUCGAGGGCCGGCUGGAGCCUGCCAAGCUACAGUGCCUCUCAACCCUGAGACUCGGCUAGACGCCGAGAAUUGCAGUUACAGUCGUUUCGGGAGGGGCCAGGCAGGGCGCCGAGAGGAAUUGGCUGUGGGUCCAGCUUUGGACCACAUUUCCCAGAGGGCCGGGUGGCCGGUCGCUCUUCUCGCAGGAACUCGAACGUUUCGUCACGUCUGGCGGGACCGUUAGAUCCAUGAGGUGAGGGUCCGUGGGUCCCGCGGGAACAGGCUCGGCUAUGCAGGUUGCAACCCCGGGAGACCCGAAAGGCCUAAGUUGAGGAGACCGGAGGCAGUUCUACCCUUAUCCAGGUGCAGAAGAGAAGGAAAGAAUGCAAAAUGAACUUCUGCAAGCAAUGUCCAAGGGAUCAAUGAUGUUCAGGGAUGUUUCUAUAAACUUCUCUCAGGAGGAAUGGGAAUGCCUGGACUCUGGUCAGAUGAAUUUAUACAAAGAAGUGAUGUUGGAGAAUUUCAGCAACCUGGUUUCAGUGGGAAUGGUUUGAGUUGGAAUGGAAUAGAAGAAUUGGAAAUGAGCAGCUCCAGUGGGCUGAAGCUUCACCUUCAUCUUUCUUUGGUCCUUCCUACAGUGGCAUCUCUUUCUUCUCACCAAGGGACUGGAUCUGAUUUCUGGGACACCCACAGCAUAACCAUGUCCCAUGUCUUUUCUUGUGAUCAGGACUUUCCAAUUCUAAGCCAGCUGUGAUUUCCUUAUUGGAACAAGGAAAAGAGCCCUGGAUGGUUGAAAGAGAGCUGACGAGAGGCCUUUGUUCAGGGAGAAGUUGGAAGCUGGAGGUUUCCUCCCAGUUUUAUGGUGCUAUGCCAGUACGGGGAUCAUGAUCUGGAAUCCAUGUGUGAGACCAAGAUAUUAUCUCUAAAGAAGAGACAUUUUAGUCAAGUAAUAUUUACCCAUGAAGACAUGCCCACUUUUAUUCAGCCCACAUUUCUCACUCCACAUCAAAAAACUGUUAAUGAAGAGAAACCCUGUGAAUGUAAGAUAUGUGGAAAGGCCUUUAAUCAGAACUCACAAUUUAUUCAACAUCAGAGAACUCAUUCUGCUGAAAAAAACUACAAAUGUAAAGAGUGUGGGAAGUCCUUUAGUCGUGGCUCGCUUGUUACUCGACAUCAGAGGAUUCAUACUGGUGAAAAACCCUAUGAAUGUAAGGAAUGUGGCAAGGCUUUUAGUUGUAGUUCAUAUUUUUCUCAACAUCAGAGGAUUCACACUGGUGAGAAACCCUAUGAAUGUAAGGAAUGUGGAAAAGCCUUUAAUUAUUGCUCAAACCUCAACGAUCAUCAGAGAAUUCACACUGGUGAGAAACCCUAUGAAUGUAAAGUAUGUGGAAAAGCCUUUACUAAGAGUUCACAGCUCUUUCCACAUCUGAGAAUUCAUACUGGUGAGAAACCUUAUGAAUGUAAAGAAUGUGGGAAAGCCUUUACUCAACACUCAAGGCUUAUUCAACAUCAGAGAAUACAUACAGGUGAGAAACCUUAUGAAUGUAAGGAAUGUGGGAAGGCCUUUAGUAGUGCCUCAACACUUACUAACCAUCACAGAAUUCAUGCAGGCAAGAAACUCUAUGAAUGUAAGGAAUGUGGCAAGGCCUUUAUUCAGAGCUCAGAACUUAUUCAACAUCAGAGAAUCCAUACAGAUGAAAAACCUUAUGAAUGUAAUGAAUGUGGGAAGGCCUUUAAUAAAGGUUCAAACCUUACUAGACAUCAAAGAAUUCACACUGGUGAGAAACCCUUUGACUGUAAGGAAUGCGGAAAGGCCUUUGGUAGUCGUUCUGACCUUAUUCGCCAUGAAGGAAUUCAUACUGGGUGAAAGAUAAGCUCUGUUCAUAAUCUUUAUAAUAAGAUCUUAAAAAUAGGUAAUGGAAAAAAAAUAAAGCAGUGUAGUAGUUUUUUGAGCUACUAUAACAAUAUCAAGUACCUCAAAAUUGGGUGACUUAAAACAACAUAAAUGUAUUCUCUCACAGUUUUGGAGCUUUGAAAUCCAAAAUUAAAGUUGUUGGUAAGGUUGGUUCCUUCUGAGGACUUUGAGGAAGAAUCUGUUCCAUGUCCCUCCCCUGCCUUCUGAUAACAACAAUCUUUGACAUUCCUUGUCGUGUAAUGCAUCACUCCAGUCUCUGCCUCCAUCUUCACAUUGCAUUCUCCCUAUGUAUAUCGGUCUCUGUCUUGUUUAAGAGGAGACUCAUACAGGACAUGAGUCCUAUUGGAUUAGGGCACACCCCGAUGACCUUAUCUUAACUGAUUACAUCUGCAAAGACCUUAUUUCCAUGUAGGAUCACAUUCACAAGUGCCAGGGGUUAGGGCUUCAACAUAGUUUAACCCAUAACACUGUUAACAUUGUUUUUCUCACAUAUUUGUAAUUUUCUUUUAUACAUAACUUGUUAAAUGUAUUCUAAAAUGUAAAUUCAAGGUUCAAAUUAUACCUGCCUUCCCUCCAAAAAAGAUUCUGUCCCAAACUACUUCUUAAAUAAUUCUUUCCUCCCCAUUGUUUUAUUCUGCUUCUUGGUUAUACAUUUGUGUUUAUAUUGGCUUCAUUUUAGAGCCAUCUUUUCUAUUGCUCUGACCUAUAGAUCUGGUACUACCAAUACUACACUGUAAGUCCUGUUACAUAGGCUAUCUUUUAAUUCCUGGCAAAAUUAUAACUUUGUUUUUGAAGGCAGCUCUGUUCUUUUUCCCUUUGGUAACACUCAUAUUUUCAUGUUGUAAAAAACACACAAAGGAAAUAAAUAGAUUAUCUGUAAGCCUUCCAAACAGAAAUUACUACUUUCAUAUUAUUACAGCAUAUCCUUCCAGGCUUUCUUAGUGUAAUCUGAUGUGCAUGCCGUACCAUAACCUGCUUCUAUCAUGCUACUGUUUCAGUAAGUAUAAAUACUUAUUUAUCAUUAUUUUUAAUGGUAUCAUAAUCUUUUCUAUGGUAGAUUAUCAUUUUGCUAAAUACUACUGACAUACUUAAUGGUGCUCACUGAAAUUUUACAGUUAUAAAAAUUGCCUUUUAAAUACAAAUUUAGUGCUAUCUUGUUUUGUUUUCUUUAAAAACAUUACGUUUCAGUAUCAAAAUAACUGAUCAGUAUUUCUCCUUGUAAACCAUAUCCCUCAUUGUAACCACUGAUACCAAUUUGUCUUUUAAUCUUCCAGACCUUUUUUUAAAAACUAUAUUUGUUUAUAAAUAUGUGCACACACAACCAAAUACCUAAAUAUUUCAAUACUUGUAGAAAAGUUAGUGCUGCUUUGUAAUUUUAUAUGUGUGUGAAUAUACAUACACAUAUACACACACACUAAUGUGUGUGUUGGAUUGCUGCAAGGAUUAAAUGAGUUAAGAAAUGUAAAAUGGGUGGGAUUGUUACUAACAUAUAGUAACUAUCUAGCAAAUGCUAUUUUAAUACUAGUAUCAAUAUCUUCACCAUUAUUAUUAUCAUUUGUAGAAAGGAUGUUAACCAUGUAAUACACUUUAAUUGACAUCAAAGAAUUCAUAAUGAGAAAGACCAGUGGGUGUAAUGUUUGGUGAAAAGCUUUGCACCAACAUGUAUUCUUUACUCAGCAUGAAGUUUAAAAAGGAAAAGGGGUGCCUGGGUGGCUCAGUCAGUUGGGCGUCUGACUCUUCAUUUCAUCUCAGGUCAUGAUCCCAGGGUUUUGGGGUCAGGUCCCACAUCAAGUCUGAGCUGAGUAUGGAGCCUGCUUAGGAUUCUUUCUCUCUCUCUCUGCCCCCCUCCCCUGCUUGUGCUUGCUCUCUCUCUCUCUCUCUCUCAAACAACAACAACAACAACAA